GAUUUCUGUUCAUGAUUCUCUUGUCUUGUUCUUUUUCAGUCGUGUCGAGUGUCUCCAAGCCCUUUUGUCCUUGUUUUGUUAUCUCUGCUUAACGAAACAGAGGAAGUGAUCUUCUGUCGUAUGUUUUAUUGAUUCUAAUGAAAUUUAACUCACUCCUUUUCACGUUCUAGGCAGCAAGUCAAGGGAGACUUCUUUGCUUGUUUCCACAUAACUUUUGAGAAAGCUGUUUCCAAGGAAGGCCACAAGAAGUUUCUUUCAAGCUUCUGAAUUGUACGAAGUCAUGAAGCCAACCCGAUUUGAAAGGCGUUGACGUGAUUCCUCCUUCCUAGAAUUCUUCCUUUUGAAAAACAAACUCCACUAUCCAAAACCAAGUUCCCACAGAUCUGAUUCAUCUUUUGUGUCUUGUGUUGGGAAGCAGCUGUUUGCAUCAAUGAGUAUUACGAGAAAGGGAAGUUACAAAACUGUUGGCUCAACCUCAGUAGAUACUAGUGUUGGUCUUGUUUGCCACUAUCAAUUUGAAAAUGGGUCAUCUCAGUUUGUGUUCAUGGAUAUUGAAAGCGGAAAAGGAGCUUCCCUUAACCACUGGCUCUGCUUCUCCACCGAAAACUUUGUGCAGACCCUUGCUUCGAGCAAUGGUUUAAUUCUCAUGUCAGGUUUUAGUGAGGAGCAGUUCUGUUAUCAUGUGUUCAACCCCCUCACCAUGCACAAGUUCACAAUCCCUCAAACUAGAAUCCAAGAGCAUGUUACCGGAGUUGGAUUAGCCUUUGAUGGAUGCCAGUUUGAGGUUGUGGUGGUUGAAGCAUGUUCUUCCCAAUCCAAUCAACUAAAAGUUCAUGUUUUCUCUUCUGACACUGGCAAAUGGAGGAGCCACCACCCCAUCAACAUAACUGCUCCUUCUUUGCCAGAAUUUGAGUUCCAAGAACAUGGCACACCUCCUCUUUACUCAAACGGGUCAAUUCAUUGGGAAAUUGGUGGACACUUGUUGGUGUAUCAAGUCCAAGAACGCCAUUGUGAGCUAUAUGAACUACCAAACUAUUCCAAGGAUUUGUCUUGGCAACCAACAUUGGCUUUUCGCCGUCGUUUGUGUGAAUCAGGAGGCAGGAUUUACUAUUGCUACACUGAUUUUGAUGGCUUCCACAUUUGGAAACUUCUCAACGAGCAUGAGCAUGAAGGGUUCCUGUAUCUUUGGGAUUACAAAACGUUUCCUUGGAGUUUAGUCCAUAGUGUUGAGCCUGAAGUGUUCAUGUCUAAACUCCAAAACUUUUGUGACGUCUUCUUCUAUGAUUGGGACCCUUUCAAGAUUGCACCCAUUGCCUUUGGUGAACAAGCACAAAUCAUAUAUUUGCAGCUUCCAGGAUCUGUUGUUUCUUACAAUCUUGACACAGGAACUCUGAAAUCAAUCUGCACCUACUCUUUUUCAGACAUGAACUUCAAUUGCUGCUCCUUCUUUUCUUCAACUUCUCACAAUGCACUCAGUGACACCAUUGGAGAAACAGAGCUCAAUCUACCCAUUGCAGAAUUAGAAAAGUUAGCCCUCUAAAUUACCUUUUGUUUCAGCCAUGACUAUUGGGUUCAUGUGUCAUUGAACUCCAUAAUUCUAGUACUAGUUUUUGACGUUUUGCUUAUGUAUGUGUGUAGAAGAUACUUGAAUGCUUA